CACGGAAAGUGUGUGCAUUCAAAUAAACAAAUUGAAACAUUAAUUAGUACUGAAAGAACGAUGUCCACAAGGCCUAGGCUGGCUUGUCUGAUCUAAGCUAUAGCUGGAGGUGAUGAGUCGAAUGCCCUCCUUUGCUCAGAGGACGGACAGUGCUAGUGGACCACAUCACUCUCCUCAAGCUGAGUAUAUGGAUCCCCCAAUGACUGUGACCUAUGAGCGUCCCAAGCCUCGUCAUCGUGGCCCACCUGUGUGGGGGGAGAGAGACAAGGUGGUCUUAUUAGUGGACAAUAAGAGGUUCUCUAUCUGCCCCCUCCUCCUCACUAGAGAACCCAACACAAUGCUUGGCAGGAUGUUUGGGUCUGCCAUGGAUCUGCGGACCAAUGAGAAUGGCGAGUAUGAAGUGGCCAAGGGAGUCGCUGCUCCACUCUUCAAGGCUAUACUAGAGUACUACAAGAGUGGGAUUGUGACGUGUCCUCCAUCAGAGUCUCUCCAAGAGUUGCGUGAAUCGUGUGAUUAUCUCAUGAUCCCAUUCACUGAGAAGACCAUUCGAACUACCAAUCUCUGUGAUCUGCUGAAUGAGCUGUCUAAUGAUGGAGCCAAGAGUCAGUUUGAGAGGUACCUAAGAGACCAGCUCAUGCCCGUCAUGGUCCAGUGUGCCAAGAAAGGAGAGAGGGAGUGUCAGAUUGUUAUUCUGAUGGAAGAUGACAUCAUUGACUGGGAUGACCAACACCCUCCCUCCAUGGGAGAGGAGAGGAUACAACGGGUUACCAACACGGACUUGUACUGCUUCUUCAAAUACUUUGAGAAUAGAGACAUAGCUAAAGAAGUGCUUCGGGAGAAAGGACUUAAGAAGAUACGUAUUGGCAAUGAAGGGUAUCCUACCACUAAGGAAAAGGUCAGAGUUCGUCAAUCGACUGGGCGAACUGAAGUUGUCUACAACUAUGUGCAGCGACCAUUCAUUCGUGUUUCUUGGGAGAAGGAGGAAGCAAAGAGUCGACAUGUAGACUUCACUACAGUCAAGAUAAAGACAGAUAUUGCACCCGACGCUGAGGCUGCCACUCUACUGUCAGGAAAUGAGGACAACUUUGAGUACUAAGAACCCUCUCUUUUGUUUUUACUUCAUCUUGUUAAUCUCACACUCUGCCAUCAUUGGUACAAUAUAUUUCAUUUGUAAUAAAUGAUUAUAUCGGUACAGUACAGAAA